GCAUCAUCGGCCAUCGGUAUUCUGCUCCCAGGAACAUUUCACCCAAUUUUACCUUUGAAAAGCAACUCAGCCUAUUUCGGUAUAAAGAUUAUUUGAGGAUUGUAUAUUAACUGUUUCCAACAAUGGUUGCAUCAAAGAAAUCUUUCAACGUUGGCGAUUUGGUGUUCGCAAAAGUUAAAGGUUACCCGCCUUGGCCAGCUAAGAUAACUAAAAUUGAGAAAAGCAAGUACAAUGUAUACUUCUACGGCACGGGAGAAACGGCUAAUAUAAAAUUGGAAGACUUGUUUAUGUACCGCGACACUAAAGAAAAAUAUGCUACGGAGAAGAUUAUGAAACGCAAAGGUUUUAAGGAAGCCAUCAUUCAAAUUGAGUCUGCGUUGAAUGGGGAAGAUCCAAGCCCAAUUGCUCUCGCUGGACAGUCUGUGCCACCAUCUGCUGGCGAAAUCAAAACGGAAGAUACCCUCAACGCAACCGAGACAAGUUUCAAUGCCUCUCGUAUCUCGGCGAAUUCAACUGUUGUUGAUAGUUCUGUAAAAAUUGAAAAGGAUACCAGCUCAAAUGGCGAAGAAUCUCUCAAAAGCAUUAACUCCGGUGGAAAGAGACAAGUCAAGAAAAUAGCAUCCGUUACUGCAACUGUCGCUGCUGAUGACGGUGAUAGUUUUUCCGAGGCGUCUGGUACACCUAAACUAGGAGAAAGGCAAAGAGGUGGCGCUGUUGUUAUCGAGGAGAAAAUUGGCAAAGAGAUUGUUACCAGUCCCGUUAAGGAUCAACCGGAGGUUGUCAGUCGUAGUGGUCGCAAAAUUAAACCCAAGCGAUUUCUGGAUGGUGAGGAUGAAGAGGCAAUUGCUCCUACACCAGCGAAGAAAAAACCACCGGCGGUGAAGGAAAAACCUAUCACUCCAUCCGCUAAUGUUCAUUCGAAAAAAGCGAAUCCAUUUGAUAAAAUCGAAAGCGAGCGUGUCUACUUUCUUAAACUGGAACGUGAGUUGGUGGAAUUGAACUUGGAAAUUAAGUCCUGCGUUGGGUUAGCAAAAGCUGAUCCCGAAAAAUGUGUCGAUUUAAUGGAACGAUAUCAAAAAUUGAAAGUUACUCCAACAAUGUUGAAGAAGAAUCCAAACUGUGUAGAGACAAUGAAACGUCUUAGGAAAUACGUUGGUAACGCUAAAGCAUGGAAUAUGGCUGAUGAAGAGCGAAUCAAGUUCGACUUCCAGGCUCAACAGAUUCGAACCAAGGCAGAACAGAUUUAUAAUCAAUUCAAGACAAUGUUUCCUGUGCCCGAAGGAACUGUUCCAUUCUGGGAAGCUUUUUGCGAAGAGGUGAGCAAAUUUGAGGAAGCUGCUAAGCAUCUAAGCCAGGAGGAGUUAUUCCUACUCGUCGACGAAGCAGAUCUCAAGUGUAGCACAGAUGAAGAGAAGAAAAACGGAAACAGUACAGAUGACGCGACGGAAGAUGAGGUACAGAGUAUGGAUGCCCGAAGUUUAUCAUUGAAAACAGUCACUGACAGUACGUAAAUAUUCACCCGGUGUUCGAAGGCUAAUCUAAUACGUCAUCGUAUGAAUAACGUGCGCCUAGUUUAGAUUAUAGGAAAAUACUCGGAAUGAGAGUAUUGAAUUAGUUUACGCAAAUAACUAUUGCAAAAGUAGGUUUAAAUCGCUUUUAAGUCUGAUACAUUGCACUGUUUCUUGUUUUACCGGAGCAUGAAGCAACAAUCAAGCUUCAGUUACGAUCAGUUCAUUUAGGUUGGAGUAAAAAGCCACCUUUUAUCGAAAGUUAUAUCGUUGAAGCAACAUUUGAAAUUGUAAAAUCUUGUCCGGAAUUUUAUUCUUCGGGAUAAUAUGCGAUUGCCGUUCGAAAGCAAUCUAUAAGAGUGAACCUUCAAGACAAACGAUUUAUUUCGCAAAACAAAACGCUAAAUACAGUAUAUCUUUUUUAUUGUGUACAUGAGAAUAACGAGAAAGAUAAUUUAAUAAAGUUAAAAUAAGUUAUUACGAUAGGUUUGAUUUCAAAA